UCGACUCUUCACCGUACACGACUCGUCGAUAACACGGAAGAGGAAAGGAUAAUGUGAUUUGUUCUGGGGAUCAUAGGGAGGUCAAUGAAUUAUAUUAUGAACAACAACUCGCUUAUCACAGGACUCUGAGGAUGUCGAUAUCAGUAAUUGCGAAGAAUGUUGGUACAUUGACUGAAGGACCACACUGGGAUCAAAACACGCAGACGUUAUUAUUUGUAAAUAUAACUACAGCUAGUGUUUUCCAAUGGGGACUCGAUGCAGAAGAUCUGAAAGAAGUUAUCGUGAAAGGAGCACCCACCGUUGGUGCUGUUGUUCCUAGGCAACAAGGUGGAUAUGUCGUUGCUGCCGGGAGACACUUUGGUACUCUUGACAUAGAAACUGGUGAGAUGACCCGAUUAGCAGAGAUUGACAAACAUAAAACAGAGAAUAGAUUCAAUGAUGGAAAGUGUGAUGCCAAUGGGAGAUUCUGGGCAGGUACAAUGGGUCCCAAGAAAGUGACAAGAGUUCCAGAACAAGGCACAUUAUAUAGCUUGGAUAAAGACCACAGUGUAAGAUGUCACGUUGACAAAGUUACUACAUCCAAUGGUAUAGCCUGGAAUUCAGACAAUACUAUUAUGUAUUACAUUGACACAGGCCUCAGAAGUGUGGAUGCAUUCGAUUUUGAUCUAGAACUAGGAACGCUAAGUAACAGAAGAACAGCUGUCUCAUUUACAGACUGUCCUGGGCGUCCAGAUGGAAUGUGUAUAGAUAUUGAAGGAAAGCUGUGGGUUGCCAUGUACUGUGGCAGUGCCAUAUUGAGAGUGGAUCCAUUAUCCGGUAAAAUAAUGCGUACAAUUGAAAUGCCAGUCUCCUGUCCAACAUCAUGCUGCUUUGGUGGUGAGAAGUUUGAUGUGCUCUAUGUUACCUCAGCUAGUCAGUUUUCAACACAAGAAGAACAACUUGCCAAGGAGCCAUUAGCCGGAUCUGUAUUUCAAAUAACAAAUCUUGGUGUAACCGGUUUGCCAGCAAAUACAUUUAGUGGAUAACUAAAGAAGUAAAGCUGCAUUACCUUGUGAAGUAGUUUGCUUGUUUGCAAAGUGAUUUGUUCAAUUUCCAAGAAAAUACAAAUUAUACCAUAUAAUGAUAAAAGUCAUGCCAGGACAGGAAUUAAUAGUACAAUAGAUGUUGAAGAUUUAUACAAAUACUACUUUUGAAUUAUUAAUAAAUGAAUAAACUGAUAUUUGCU